AUGGAGAAUUCCAUUAUUGGUACAUCCGGAGAGUCUGAAUGCACAGAUAUCGACGGACAUGAAUCAUCAUGUGGAUCCACUCAAGGCGAGGACGAGCUGGAGGGAGCAUUGUCCCGCGUAAAUGAACUAUUGGACGAGGCCACGAAGGAGAUGGACGAUGGUGUUCUCGCAAACGUGAUCGUUGUGUUGCGGAAGAGCAGCCCUGAAGAAGAAUGCGACGAAGCGCGGGCGAAGGUUGAAGUUGCCUUGAUCAAAGCCCUUGUAACCCGGUUCGCUCGACAUGGAUUGGUGGAGGACUUGGAUGAAGGGGUAGAACUUUUGCUGAGAGAGACGUUAACUCCUUUCGCAUUCACGGAUCAGUCACCUAUCUCAGGUUCAGAGGACGAAGACUGCACCGACAAAGUCUCAUCCGCCCUUGAUUCUCUCCGAAAAUAUCGACGAUCAAUCGACAUGUCCAAGGUAGAGACCGCCAUCGUGGUCGCCAAACAGGCUCUCUCCUCGUAUCGUGACGCGACAAAUGUUCGAGGCGAACUAUUGCUCCGGACUGGGAAUGCAUUGGUUCUGAAGUACCUGGCGUCCGAUGAUGAGAGACACCUGGGUCUGGCCGCGUCGUCUUUUCAAGAUGCUAGACGGCUUUUCAGAAGCGGUGAUCACGAUCCGAUGCUCUUCAUUACCCUUCUCAAUCUCCAGCACAUUGCAUGCAUCAAGUUCAUAGAGCAUGAACGCCAGGAGUUGGUGGAGUUGAAGCGGUUGCGAGAAGAAAUGGAGGCGGAGGACGAACAAGGGAGGAGCGCACACAUGAUGGGAUCCCAGCUGAUGGAGGACGGUAACCUUCACGUAGAGGAAGCUAUCCUAUGGUUCCAACACUCCCUUUCAUUCCGACCGCCACGGCAUCCAAGACGCCUGAGGACACUGGACCAUUAUGCCAUUGCCCUAGUUAACCGAUUUGGUUCUAUGAGCGAUAGCCGCGACCUGGAAGAAGCUGUCACAUUGCAAAGGGAAGUGCUCUCUUCCCGUUCUCCGGGCCACCCCGACCGCCUAGGCUCGCUCAACAACUUGGCAAGCUCGCUUUCGACCCGGUUCCACCACGAAGGCGACUUGCGCGACCUGGAGGAGUGCAUCACGUUGGACAGGGAAGCGCUCGCUCUCUGCCCUCCAGGCCAUCCCGACCACUCCGGCUCACUCAACAACCUGGCAACCUCCCUUCUCACCGUGUUCCUGCACAAAGGCGAUGUCCGCGACCUGGAAGAGUGCGUCGCAUUGAACAGAGAGGCGCUCGCUCUCCGCCCUCCAGGCCACCCCGACCGUCACCGCACCCUCAACGACUUGGCAACCUCCGUUCUCACCCGAUUCCAGCACAAAGGGGACUUCCGUGACCUGGAGGAGUGCAUCACAUUGAACAGGGAAGCACUCGGUCUGCGAUCUCCAGGCCAUCCCGACCGGCCCCGCUCCCUGAACAUCCUGGCAUUUUCGCUUGUCACCCGGUUCCGCUACGAAGGCCACUUUUGUGACUUGGAGGAGGGUAUAACAUUGGAAAGAGAAGCGCUCGUUCUCCGCCCUCCAGGACACUCUGACCGCGCCAGCUAUCUCCACAACCUGGCAACUUCCCUUCUCACCCUGUUCCAACACAAAGGCGAUUUCCAUGACCUGGAAGAUUCUGUUUCAUUGCACAGGGAGGCGCUCUCUCUCCGCCCUCCGGGCCACCCCGAACGCCCACGCUCCCUCAACGACUUUGCAAUUACGCUUUCUGCCUGCUUCGAACACAAAGGCGAUUUCUGCGACCUGGAGGCCUGCAUUGAGGCCUUGCGUGAGGCCCGCCUUUUGUAUUCAGAACUGGAUACUUCUCUCGGAGCCGAGCCCAAUUCCCGCGACACGCUAGCUGAUCAUCCCUAUUGGCUUAGUGUAACCGGGAACCUUGUGAACAACCUCAAAAUCAAGUACCGGGCAACUGGUGACGACGAUGUCCUGGAUGAAAUAUUCCAGCUUCUCAGGUCUGGCUCUCAGUCGCAUGGGACAUUGCCAUUGCGGAGGCUAGACCAUGCAAGGCUCUGGAGUUCAACUUGCCGGGAGUUCGACCGUUUAGAAAUGGCGCUGGAGGCUUAUGGAUAUGGAGUAGCCACUCUCCCCCACUUGGCGUCUCUUGAUCUCACACUGGAACAGCGCCAGAACGCUCUCGUCUGGGCCAAAGACCUGUCCAGGGACGCAGUGCGGUGCGCCAUUGAACAAGGCCAAUUAGAGACAGCCGUUGUCUUUCUCUCCACCGCGCGAUCUGUCUUCUGGUCUCAAGCCUUCCAGUUCCGGGGGCCUCUCGACCGACUGGACGCCCUCCAUCCUGAUUUGGCGUCGGAACUGCGAUCCGUUACUCGCCAGCUGGAAGUCGCGACCCACGAAACCCCUCAGUCUGGCUCAGCAUCGGUUCAGGGCCUGUCGCAGCGUCCAUACCUUCUCGCCCAGAAGAGAGAAGCAGUCAUUUCACAGAUUCGAGCCAUCGACGGCUUCCAUGACUUCCUCCUCCCUCCUUCCUUCGACACGCUCAGGACCGCUGCCAGGGAUAAUCCGAUUGUCUUUCUUAACGCCAGCAAGUAUGGAUGCGAUGCCCUGAUCCUGAAACAGGAUGGCGCUUUGCAUUGUCACUCACUCUCCACCGAUCUGGAGCAAAUAGCUGGUUUCGCAGAUGCGAUCCACCAGUUAUCGCGAGGACAGACAGUGGGCACUCAACUCCAGCGCAAGAUUGACGACUUUUGUCAAAGUCGAAAUACGCGCUUGCAGUUACGGCGUAGAACCCAACGUACGGCUGAGGAUGACUUUAAGCAGCUUCUUGAGAUCCUCUGGGAUGUGGUAACGGAGCCGGUCAUCAGAAUUCUGGGAUUGCAGAAGACUGAUGAACCGCAAAGGGUAUGGUGGUGUCCAACGGGCCCGUUCGCCUUUCUUCCCAUCCAUGCCGCUGGAAUCUAUUCUGAUAAUGCUGAAGCGUCGGACUGUCUAUCCGAUUAUGUCGUUUCGUCUUAUUGCUCUUCGCCGCAAGACCUCAUAGCGCCGCCGCCAACACCGAAUGACGAAUACGAAGUGCUCGUUGUUGUCGAACCAGGAGAGUCAGGGCCGAGUAUACACAGCCUUCCCUUUACCUUGGAGGAAUUGAAAAUGAUUCAAGGCCUAGUUCCCCACGAGAGGCAUUUGGUCACCCGCGUAGGGUCAGCAGAGACUCCCUCCGAUCCCGACGCGAUUUUGGGACACAUCAAUACUGCAUCUAUCGUUCACCUUGGAUGCCACGGGUCUCAAGAUGAUUCGAAUCCUUUGGAUAGCUCAUUAAUCCUCAGCGGGGGUCGUCUGAGCAUGGGUUCGCUGAUACGAGGUUGCCGCACCUCCAAAGCUGCCCUUGCCUACCUAAGCGCCUGUGAGACGGCAAUGGGAGAUAAAGAACGCCCUGACGAAUCUCUCUCUCUGGCCGGGACUAUGCAGUUCGCGGGAUUCCGAAGUGUAGUCGCGACCAUGUGGUGCGUCCAUCCCAUUAUUUCUGAGUCAAUGCGCAAGGAUUUUGUAACUGACGAUGGCUGGAACCAAAGGUCAAUCCACGACGAAGAUGCGCCCGUCGUGGCUGAUGCUUUCUAUCGCCAUCUCUUCCGUCGUGGUACAGCGGCCCCUCCGGAUAUAACCGACGCGGCGUGUGGUCUUCAUCUUGCUGUGAAGAAGCUGCGCGACCUUGGGAGGCCGUUUUACCGAUGGGUUCCUUUCGUUCACCAUGGUAUUUGA